AUGGCAGCUGGCGGGGAAUUUGAAUCUGUUCUGUCCAAAAUUCUUACGAAUUACGAUCCGAAUAUCCACUUAAAAUCUAGACAACGAGAGGUUUUCGAGAGUCUUUGGAUUGAAGGAAAGGAUAUGAUUAUUUCGCUGCCAACUGGUUACGGAAAAAUUGUAUAUAUAAUGAUGGCACAGCAAAGAGUGUGUGUGAUUGGAGCUGGUGUGAUAGGUUUAUCAUGUGCAGUUAAUAUCAUAGAAACCAUAUCCAAUGUGGAUGUAACAAUAGUAUCUCAUUUGUUCUCACCAAACACAACUUCUGAUGUAGCUGCUGCCAUUUUUGGAUUGAAGCCUUUGGUAUUUGGCGAUACUUCUCCAUCAUUACAGAAAAAUUGGUUUUUGACAACGUCACAUCAUAUGGAAUCCAUUUUGAAGACUCAAGAAGCAAGUGAAGCAGGCGUGAAUGUGAUCUCUGGUUAUUAUUUACAUAAUGAAAAGAACAAUGACAAAAAAUUACCAUGGAGAGAUAUUGCACAUGGUAGCAUCAGAUCAAUGACAAACAGUGAGUUGAAUCUCUACCCAGGAUACAGCAAUGGUUUGUCAUUCUCAAUGUUGAUGUGUGAGACCAGGAAAUACCUACCAUGGUUGAUGAAAAGGUGUGUCUUUUAUGAUCCUGGUGUUAUAAUGAGAUAAUAAUUUUCUAAGGCACAAAUGCUUUCUAUUUUACAUGAAAACAAUGAAGAUAAAAAGAUGACCUAAAAACAAAAUAGACACAAAUUUUCAGUGUGUGUUGAUGAAAUAUUCAUCAUUCAUUCUAUACUUCUCUAU